GUUUUACGUCGCCCAGUUUCUCUUCCACCGUUACCCCCCCCCCCUUCCCCAGACACGCCCGCACACACACACGCAGAGAUGAGCGCGCGCAAGUUUGUGAGCGAGUACGUCUCCACCCACCUGAACGGCCUCACCGUGCUGGCGAACCUCGCGGAUCGCCCCUCCAGUAGCGGCAGCGGCAACUCCAAACCGGUGAUCUGCACGCACAAUGGCAGCUUUCACUGUGAUGAGGCGAUGGCCUGCGGGCUGCUGCGGCAGCUCCCGCAAUACCGCGACGCCGCCGUCCUGCGCACCCGCGACCCGAAGCAGAUCGACGCGUGCGACAUCGUGGUGGAUGUCGGCGCCGUGUACGACGCGGAGAAGCUGCGCUUUGACCACCACCAAGCCAGUUUUCACGGCACCAUGACGACCCCGAAGGGGACCUACCAGACUCGUCUCUCCUCGGCGGGUCUGGUGUACAAGCACUACGGCCGCCGCAUCAUUCAGCAGUACAUCGAGGACGCCUUGAAGUCGUCGUCCCCUGUGCGGGCUGCCGUGCUGGCCAUGACGAACUGGUCCGCGACUCGCACGACCAUGACGGAGCAGGAGCUGGAUGUGCUGGAGGACGCCCUCUACGCCAACUUUGUGGAGCAGGUGGACGGGAUCGAUAACGGUGUGGAGUGCUGGGGACUGGUGGACCCCGCCGUGGGGCAGCUGCGACAGAACUACAAGCAGUCCACAAACCUGUCCCAGCGCAUCGGCCAGCUGCAGUCCUACUGGAACGAGCCGGACAGCGGCAGCGUGGUCGCCGAGAACGCUGCCUUUGCGGUGGCGGUGGAGAUGGCGGCGACGGAGUUCUUCGAGGCCCUGACGUACCUGGCCUUCUCCUGGCUGCCGGCGCGUGCUAUCGUUGCGGCUGCCUUCGCGGCCCGUCACACCUUCGAUGCGAGUGGCAAGAUCGUGGUCUUCGAGGACAAGAUGUGUCCGUGGAAGGAUCACCUGUUGGAGCUGGAGGGGGAGCAGCACUGCGUUGGGGCAGUGCUGUACGUGGUGUUUAGCGAUGGCAAAGGGUGGCGUGUGCAGGCGGUGCCGAAGACCAGCACCAGCUUUGAGAACCGCAAGCCGUUGCCCUUCCGCGGACUCCGCGAUGACGACCUCAGCACCGCCGCGGGCAUCGACGGCGGUGUCUUUGUGCACGUGUCCGGCUUUAUUGGUGGCAUGAAGACGUACGAGGGCGCGAUGGCCCUGGCGAAGAAGGCGCUGGUGGUGGAAUAG